CCGAGCCUGCACACCUAGCAUAUCGAGCUAGGGAAACGCCGCGUUAUAGUAGUGGAGCACUGCCAGUUCGUGCAAACCGAGGAGCCAUGGCGCUCCUCCUCGAGCCUUGGAUCUUGAGCCUUGUCUUGAACCUUGGACCUCGCCACUAAAUCGGACUUCUGCACCACGACCUUUCUAGGUUGCAGCGGGCAUAAGCCCGCAAUUGCCACUGAGGGCAAUUACCUAUCGUUCGUGGGAUCACCAAUCGGUUUCGCACCAAUCUUUCGCCUUUUGCAUAAUUGGGCUUUUAUCCGGAUUCGUACCCGGGUCCCUUCUGCCGUAAGGACGAGUCAAAUCGCUAACUGAGUUAGUGAUCCAGUGAUACGCCCGUGUCCAUCCGGACAAGAGCAAGGCCAUGGGCCUUGGCAGGUUUGCGCACCUGACGGGCCCUUGCCCACACACGGGUGUGCCGUUUACCACUGGCACCGUGACGCACCUGGGUGUGCCCCUGUCGUGGGACUCUGAUGCGGCUGCAGCUGACUUGUACACCCGGCGGGCUCGCGGCAUGGCGUUUGUGGCGCGACUGUGGGCUGCCCUGUCUCUGACUCUCGUUGGCCGUGUGCACAUUGCGAAGCAGGUGCUGGCGGCGAAGCUGGCCUACCACUUCAGCUUCCUCAACCCGUCGCCUGCGCAGCUGAAGGAACUCACCGACCUGGUGGACCACUUUGCUGCGCGCUCCAUGCACGCUGAGGACGCCAGUCUGGUGUCGCACGGGAACCCGCUCCUGCUGCCAAAGCAAAAAAUGGCCUGUCUGCCGUACAAGGAUGGGGGUGUCAACCACGUCGACCUGCCUGCGUUCCUGUCUGCCCUGCAAGCUAAGACUUUCGCCCUCCUUGCCCAGCCAGGCCGGCAACCCUGGAAGACGCUCACCCGGGCGCUGCUUACCCAUGUGCGCCCGGACUCCGCCACCACGUGGGCGUGGGUGUACAGCGACACGCCGGCGCCAGCGGGGCUGCCUGCCCGGCUGGCGGCCGCGGUCGGCCAUGUGCGGAGCGCGGGCGUGGAACAGCAUCCACCGCAGCCAGCCACUCAGCGGCCAGCGGCACCGCCACAGUGGCGGGUUAGCCUGGACCAGCUGUGGGUGGCUAACGCUGCGGGGGCUGUGUCCUACGUCCAUUACACGGGGUGGCUCUUGGAGCCUGGGCCUGGCGUGCUGCCCCCGGCGGUGGAUGGGGCGUGGCAGCCUGCCUGUGUGCUGCAGCACCGCAAGCCGCAGCACCUGUGGACCUUUGAAGAGCGGGCGGCGUACGAUGCAGCAUCACCAGGGGAACAGGCGGGGGCGUGGCCUUGGGCGCCGUACUUCCUGGCGCCGGAGGCUGGGGUGGUGGUGCACCCGGAGCACUGCCGGAUUGCGGGUGUCAGCUUGGCGGACUACACGGUGCGGGACGUGCGGCGGGCCAUCACCGCGGCUAACCCGGCCGCACCUCCGGCUCCGGCCCGCCCCGCAGCCAUGCCGUGCCCGGCGCCAGCACAGCAGGCGGGGGGUUCGGGGACCCAGCCGGCAGCACAGUCGCGGCUGGCGGAGCGGGAGGCGGAGUGGCAGCGUGCAGCGGCGCAGCUGACCACCACGGCGGCGCAGCACUUCCACAAUAACCUGGUGGCUCUGGACCCCUGGCUCCACCGCACCUCCGCGGCAGCCGGGCUGCAGAACACGCCGCCUUGAACUUGUUGGCAUCGUUUUUGGGCUGAGCCCCCUGAGCGAAGCGAUCCAGGG